UUAUUACUUUCCUAUUGGGUUGUAUUUUAUCUUCUUUAUCAUCUAUGAACCUAAGAGAAAUUUAUCAUACACAAUAUGAAUAUAGAACUUUAAAAUGCCCUCUCUAGCACUAGACUUUUCAAAGAUAGCAUGAUCAAUUCUCUGGAAUUUCACCAACUCAUACUUGAGUGGUUCUUUGCCACUCUUCUGAACAGAACAUUAUGACAGCAUUUUCCUUUGAAAGGAGAAGAACAAGGACUCUCAUAAUUGAAUCAUUUUCAUUCUGAGCAGAUAACCAUGAAGCUUCAGUUCUCCAUUGCUGCACUUAUCUUCCUUUUCCUUAUCCGGCAUUUCUCUUCCUCGGUUAUUGCUGACCUGAAUUCUGACAGACAAGCCCUCCUUAACUUUGCUGCCGCUGUCGGCCAUACCCAAAAGCUCAACUGGAAUGCUGCUGCACCAGUUUGUGCCUCUUGGGUAGGAAUCACUUGCAAUCUAAACAAAACUAGUGUCACUGCUAUCCAUCUUCCAGCUGUUGGACUCUUUGGCUCCAUCCCAGCCAACAGUAUAGGCAAGCUUGCUGCUCUUAGAGUCCUGAGCCUUCACUCCAAUUUCCUCUAUGGAAGUCUUCCUUCUGAUAUCCUAUCCAUUCCUUCUUUGGAGUAUCUUUACCUCCAACACAAUAACUUCUCUGGUGUGUUUCCUGCCUCUCUGUCCCACAACUUCAUUUUGUUAGACUUCUCCUUUAACUCCUUUUCUGGAGACAUUCCAACAACAGUUCAGAAUCUGACACGCCUCACCGCAUUGAGCCUCCAAAAUAAUUCCCUCUCUGGAGCUAUACCUGAUCUGAACCUCCCAAAGCUUAAGCUUUUGAAUUUGAGCUAUAACAACUUCAAUGGAUCAAUUCCAUAUUCCCUAAAAGGUUACCCGGAUUCUUCAUAUACUGGGAAUCCUCAGUUAUGUGGGGCACCUCUCAAAAAUUGUUCCAAGACCUCCUCUUCACCUUCUGCUUCCCCUACUUACUUGCCACCCUCACCAACAGUCCAGAAAAAUCACCAUGCUACCCUCAUAAAAAAACUUGGCCAUGGUUAUAUUACUGCUGUGGCAAUUGGGGGCUCUGCACUGUUGGUUGUUUUAGUCCUGAUGAUUGUCAUAUGCUGUUCGAAAAGGACUAGCAAAGAAGGGCUGAAAGGGAGAUGCUAUUUCAACUUUGAUCUUGAGGAUCUACUGAGGGCAUCGGCUGAAGUUCUUGGUAAAGGAAGUUAUGGCACAACUUAUAAAGCUGUUUUGGAUGAGGAAACAACAGUUGUGGUGAAGAGGCUAAGGGAAGUUAUUGUGGGUAAGAGGGAGUUUGAACAGCAUAUGGAGGUGGUGGAGAGAGUUGGGAAGCACCCAAAUGUUGUGCCUCCGCGCGCUUAUUAUUACUCCAAGGAUGAGAAGCUUUUGGUCUACAACUACAUGCCAGCAGGAAGCUUGUUUGCACACUUGCAUGGAAGCAGGGAUGCUGGAAGGUCUCCACUAGACUGGGAUUCAAGAGUAAAGAUUUCUCUUGAAGUAGCCAAGGGAAUUGCCCACAUUCAUUCUGAGGGUGCUAAAUGCAGCCAUGGCAACAUAAAGUCCACCAAUGUCCUCCUAACCCAAGACCUUGAAGCUUGCAUCACUGAUGUUGGGUUGAGUCCUCUAAUGAACUUCCCUGCAACCAUGUCACGAGCCACAGGAUAUCGUGCUCCCGAGGCAACCGACAUGCGGAAAAUCUCUCACAAAUCUGAUGUUUACAGCUUCGGCGUGCUCCUCCUCGAAAUGCUGACAGGCAAAACCACACUUCAAUAUCCAGGACAUGACAGUGUGAUUGAUCUGCCAAGGUGGGUAAAGUCUGUCGUGCGCGAAGAAUGGACAGCUGAGGUUUUUGAUCUGGAGCUGCUAAGACAACAACACAUUGAAGAAGAGAUGGUGCAGAUGCUUCAGAUUGCACUGGCAUGUGUAUCAAAGUUGCCCGAGGCACGCCCCAGGAUGGAUGAAGUUGUUAGAAUGAUAGAGGAAAUUCGGCAAUCUGACACGAAAACUAGGCCAUCCUCUGAGUCUGAGUUUGACAUGCAAACCCCGUGAAAUCUUUAGCCUUCUGUUCUUCUCUAUGCAAUUGGGAAAUAAUGUUCAAUGCUGUAUUGUUUUCUGUAUCACGAUCUCCUGAUUAACA